GGGCCAACAGGGAUUCCUGGAUUGGGCCAUUCAAAGAAAAAAGCAGAAGAAGAGCCGAGCCAGGCCCCGGAGCGUCGUGUCAGGGGGAAGAGGAAAGUACAGAGCGCUUCUGCCUCGGCCCACGCAUCAUGACAGUGUCGAGUCAUUAACUGAGCUGCUAAUGUGUAGCACGGUACAGUAUGUACAGCUGAUCUCAGCUGGAAAGCGUGUGCGCUGUCGUGUAUUGUGUAUCCACUCAGAAAGCGAAGCUCGCGUCCGCUUCAUCAUGGGCUUCAUCAGCUCCCUGAUCCUGGUUCUGCUGCAGGUCCAGCUCGUGAAUGUGCGGGGACGCGAUCGCGUAUCCAACAAACUACAACAGCUGAACAUACAGUUUCGGCAUUUCCAGGCACUGACCCGAGCCCGUUUGGACUUGUUGGCCCAGAACCAGAACAGAAACUCCUAAGUUCAGACCCUGAAUGACCACUAUCACUAUAUGUCGCAGGACCUCGAGAACCUCACGCAGAGCACAACGCAGGAGAUAGAGGGUCUCAGGGAGUGGAGCGGAAAGCUUGAAAAGAAGAAUAAACGCUUGGUGAAUCGUCUGUCUUCAGUGGAGAGGAACCAGAGGGAGAACCAGUGCCAGGUCCAAACACAAAAGCCUGAUCCUAACCAGGACGUCCUCAACCUCACCCUAGAAAUCCAGACAGAGGAAAGGCUGGCUGCCCUUCAGGUCCAUCGGGAUGAGCUGCUCGUUGGACUCCAAGGGUUGCAGGAGGCUCUGAACAAGGGGCAGCGUGUGGACCAACUCGAAGGCCGGCUCGAGGAGGUUCUGCAGCGGAACGAAGGCGAGAAGCUCAAAGCAUCAGGGAGGGAGGAGCCGUACAGCUUCACUGUCACAACACAGGGCUACUACGGGGCUCGGAGGAGGAGUCCGGAAAGGGUCCUGAUCCGUACACAUCACGGAUCAGAAGGACCCAGCCGCCGUAAGACGAACGGUCAGUCACCAGUCAAGCCACAUCAACAGCAGUCAACAAAGCAGCCUGGGUAUCUGAAUGCUAAACCCCCGUUUGUAGACCAGCCCCAGUCCCAGGUCCAGGUGCAGGUCCAGGCAAGGCCUUACCAAAACCACCCCACGGCACCGGUCUCCCAAACCUGCGCUGUACCCUCGUGGUCAGAUGCAGAAACCCAGUGGUUCCACUUGGCCCAAGCCUCAACCCAAGCCUCCACCCCAUCCCCAGCCUCAACCCAAGCCUCCACCCCAUCUCCAGCCUCAACCCAAGCCUCCACCCCAUCUCCAGCCUCAACCCAAGCCUCCACCCCAUCUCCAGCCUCAACCCAAGCCUCCACCCCAUCCCCAGCCUCAACCCAGGCCUCCACCCCAUCCCCAGCCCAGCAGUGGCAACCAGAGCAACCAACCAAAUCCCCAACCAGAGGCCUCGGAUUUUCACCCCCAACCCCACUUCCUGCUAGGCACAAGAUCCCAGAUCAGUCAGUUCCCAAGAAGAACCCCCUGCAACCAGUAAUCUGUAACGUGGACUCCAUGCUGUUCUUCCCCUCUACAUCAGUAGAGAACUAUGUGACCUUCUCGUCGACUCUCCCUGACCUUUCUGAGAUGUCUGUCUGUCUGUGGCUCCGUGUGGAGGCCUCGCAUGUCGGCACUCUGAUCUCCUAUGCCACAGACGACAAUGACAACCAGUUAGUUUUGUAUGGGCGAAACUCCUCGGUUUCUACAGUGCCUUUCCUCGGUUCUCCUUCCUCUACUUCCCAUCCUUUCUCGUCUUCGUCCUACACCUCUGCUUCCUCACCCUCCCUGGACUUUGUCAUUGGAGACCCCGUUUUUCGCCGUCUUCCCAUGUCUUCGCUCCUGGACUCCCGCUGGCACCACCUCUGUGUACUCUGGUCCUCCAUCCAAGGUCGUUUCUGGCACUACACGGAUCGGCGCCUCGGCUCUUCAGGCUCCAACUUUAGAAAAGGCUGGGAGAUUCCUGGAGGUGAAGCUGUGGUUCUUGGGCAGGAGCAGGACACUGUUGGUGGAGGGUAUCACCGCACAGAGGGUUUUGUCGGACAGGUGGCAGGGUUCAGGGUAUGGAACCGAGUGCUGAGCGACUUUGAAGUUAAAGGGGUGGCAGAUGAAGGUGUGCCUAGAGGGGUGGUGCUGGACAUGGAGGAUAUAAAAGAUGUGCAUGGGCAAGUGCAGCAAGUGUCAUGUGAAUGUUUGGAGUACUGUGUGUGACAAUAUCCACCCAGAAACAAACCCAAAUAAAAAUGUAAAUGCAUAGUUUCACUUCAAGAGUUAAUUUGAAUUCUGACAGGUUAUAAAAAAGUGUAAAAAGCAUAUGUUAGUUUUUCGUUCAGUACAUUUCGGUAUUCGUCAUUAUAAAUACUUUGGAUCCCAUUUUAUUGUCUGCAUUUUAUCUGUUUUGCCAUUUGUUUGAUGCUUUUUGUUGCAUAUAUGUUUAUCGCAUUUGACAAAACUGCUCAAUUUAUAUUAUAUAAAAUAUUUUUAUAUCAUAAUCUGUUUCAAAGAAAAUGCAUGUGACCAGUUCUUGUGGUUGGGUAAUAAAUAAACUAGCAGUAAUAUCAAA